GCCUGCCAAGAUGGCUGCCCCCGCACUGAAGGCUCUGCUAGGCUGGUCAGGCUUGGCGCCGGGCUUGCUGCGUACUGUCAGUCCGCUUCUAGGGCAAACCCAGGUGAGGUGGAGCCGCUAUGGUGCUGAAUUCAGAGAUCCCCUAAUUGACAAGGAACAUUACCACAAGUCUGUGGCAGAGCUCACCGAGGAGGAGAAAUAUGACCAGGAGCUCAAGAAAACUCAGCUCAUCAAAGCUGCCCCAGCGACGAAAACAAGCUCCGUUUUUGCAGACCCGGUGAUCAGUAAAUUCACCAACAUGAUGACGAAAGGAGGAAACAAAGUACUGGCCAGAUCUCUCAUGAACCAGACUCUGGAAUCUGUGAAAAGGAAGCAGUUUGAGAAGUACCAUGCUGCUUCUGGAGAGGAACAGGCAACCAUUGAAUGCAACCCCUACACCAUCUUCUACCAAGCACUGAAAAACUGUAAGCCUGUAAUUGGGCUGGUACCCAUCCUCAGGGGUGGCCAUUUCUACCAGGUCCCUGUGCCCCUAGCUGACCGACGUCGCUGCUUCCUAGCCAUGAAGUGGAUGAUCACUGAAUGCUGAAAGAAUAAGCACCGGCGGACAUUGAUGCCAGAGAAGCUGUCACAUGAGCUGCUGCAGGCCUUUCACAACCAAGGCCCCGUGAUCAAGAGGAAGCACGAUAUGCACAAGAUGGCUGAGGCCAACCGAGCCCUGGCCCACUACCGUUGGUGUUAGAGGGGGAGGAAAGGUUCCCAUCAGAGCCCAGGGCCUCUGC